CAUAAUUUCAUGUUUGAAAUUCAUUUCUAUUGCAAACACGCCAAAUAAAUAUCCAUUAUCGGAAUAGUCAUGCGUUUUAUCUACGGUUUAUCAUUGCUAAACAUGACGAACACUUGAAACCAGAUUUACUGUGGUUUAUUUGGAGCUUCUACUGAUAUUCACAGUAUUAUUUAGAAAACAAUAAUAACAAAACAUUGAUUUAAAGUUAUAUAAAUUAUCAGCAAAAUUAUUCAAACUGACACAUUUCGGAUACUUAUGACACAUAUGGAAGAGGAGUAAUGUCACAGCGCUAGUCACACUUUAACGUUACUGCCGUUGGCACCGCUAUGUCGCGUGUUGCGAUAACGUCGCCCCAGCAGAGGCAGCGUAACCGUAGCGCAGCGGGGUUGAGGAGCCGCGAGACGGAAACCGGAAGUCGACCCGUCAGCAAUGAGUCAGGUGCUCAGAGCACCAGUAGGCGUAACAGCCUGGUAGCGCGUCUUGCGGCCGGGACUCCCCCUCUAAACCAGCAUAGGCGCCGCUCUUCUGUGUUCGGACCUCGUGGGGACUCCCCGACAGAUGGCGAACGUGAGAAGGAAGGAGAAGAAGAUGCACCGGAAGUGGCAUCCCGGUACUCUUCCAAAGUAAGCCGUUUCAUGGAUUAUUACAACGAGGCGUUGCGGCGCCGCCUCAUCAAGGAGCUAGAGCGGCCGGUUGCCAAAGUCGUCCCGAAAGUUGAAGUUGAGGAAGCGCCGCAUGAUGACGGUAACACGGCAGGUUCUCAGUUGGCAGCGUUUGCAAAAGCGGCUAGGGGCAGGGAUAAUGCGGUCCAAAACAUCCGGAGGCAGCGGCAGCGGCAGCAGAUGGAGCGCCAGGAAGAACAGCGCAUGCUCAGGAGACAGGAAGUGAGGCGGCGGUUCCGAAAAAAAUCUCGCAUCAUUGUGUUUUGUAUACGCUGUGUCCAAGAACAUUGUUUUAAGUUCCGCGAGCGGAUCGAGUUGUCCCCGUACCUGAACACGCUACAGUACAUCGACUACCAUGCCGGCCAGCCCACCAACCUCAUGUUUGACAGGUCCAAGUUCACAGCCAAAAGACAGAUGCGCAUUUCUGAGGAAACAAAGAAAAUUCUCGCCACCAGAAUGCAGGACCGAACAGAGCAAGAAAUUUACACCGCUCAGAUCGCUCUGCGGAACAUCAAGAGUUUCGCGGAACUUCCGGUCAGAAUGCAGAAGAUGGUGGCGGCCGCCGGGCAUUACGAGUCGUACGAAUCUAAGCGUGUGAUAACGAGAGAGGGGCACUUUCCGGCGGCAUUCUACUUCCUGUUGUCCGGGGCAGUGGUAGCUAUGAAGAAGGACCCUGAUCGCGACAUCGCCAGCGUCGUAGAGCACUACAGCAAGGGAGACACGUUCGAGGAAUCCCCGCUUCUGCACGACACGGUCCGCGAGGUGACCGUCCUUACCAAGGAACCCUGUGAGUUCCUCAGCAUCUCCUCAUCCGAUUACCGGGACAUCUACAUGCAGGGAGGCGUGAAGAACCUCAAUGACCCCGACCAGGAGAGCUUCUUUAAAAGCCUGAGUUUUCUACACAGCUGGCCAAUCAAAGUCCUCCAGGACCACCCACAGGAGUGCAGGUUCCACUACUUCCGACGUGGGGCAAUCUUGUCGGAGAACACACAGAAAACUCCCUGGCUCAUCAUCGUCAAAUCUGGGAGCCUGUCUGUUAUGAAGAAGCUGAAGAAGGUCGGACCCUUCGAAUGGAGGAAAAAGUCGGACAUCAAACCAUUGACGGAGAAGGAGCGUCGUGAUCGGAAAAAUGCCAAGGAGCAAUGGCGGCGCUACGUGCUACCGGAACUCAAGCUGCCGCUGCGCGCACGGGCGGACGUAGAGGAAGUCGAGGAGCGAGUGGAUGGCCGACCAAAAGCGUUUACACACCCUGACAUCAAGGUGCACCUGGAGGAAGAGCGGAAGGGCGGCAAGUACUACUACCCGAACCUGUGGACGUUCUCCCGGGCAGACAAGGAGGAGCACGAGCAUGACACCGCCUUCUCCAACAUCAACAAACAGUUUCUCUACAUCAUGUCCAGCACAGGGCAAAGGAAGAUUGACAACAGUAAAGGUGCGGCUGGCCAGAAGAAGGGUACUACAUCGGACAUUCAGCCUCCCGCCACGGCCCCAGCCCCCAUCACGCGCUCAAUGUCCGCAUUACCACCGGAUGUGACAGUGGAGGCACGGUCACGCCCAGACUCAUCUAUAUCUCUCCGGUCCAUCUUGUCUCCGGAAGCGUCCGAGGCCUCGCUGCAGACGACCAGCAGCGUCUUCUCCGAGCGACUCAAGCGUCUGGCGGCCGAGAACUACUAUGAAACGCUUUCGGAGUCAGACCUAAAUCCGCAGUUUGUUCAAAUACAGACGUUGAUUAAAGGCGACGUAUGGGGCCUCGCCGACUUGAUGCUGGAGGCCCAGCCGAGCUUCAUGGUGGUGAGUAACGGCGCUGACUGUGUCCUCAUCAACAAGGCUUUCUACAGUCGACACUGCUCCGAGGGGCUGCAGAGACAGCUCAAACAAGAUCUGUGCCCGUACCCGAGUGAUGACAGUCUGCAAGAAAGCUUGCAGGUGUCCGUAGAUUGGGACGCCCACCGGAAGUACGAGCUCACCGACACCGUUUCCCACGUCCGCUCAGGCCGCCUCGACCGCGACCGCCCAAUGUCGCAGAAUAUCUAUACGUGAGGAAGAGGAGACGGGGUUGAUCUGUUUCUGAUAUCAUUCGCCUACUACAGAUGUGUUCUAGCGCCAAUAUCUACUUUACCAUCCACUGUAGAGCUGUUUAGAUGUAGCCUAUUAUAUAUAUGACAUACAUGUAUGUGUACCUUAUACUUAUUUUACGUCAGCAUAUGUCGACCGCUUUACCACAAUAGCUUGAUGCUUGAUGACAGUAACUAUGAGACCCGUGUUAGUUGCACCAAUGGAUAGAACAUUUGCUAGUUAACUUACUGCACUAGGUAUUCCGGAUCAUCCAGGUCAUGUAUCAUGUGAAUAAAUUUGCACCGUCGUUUUAUAAUAUAAAUAAAAACGAGCAAAAACAUACCGGCACGGGGUGUUUACUUUAUUAUGUAUUAAACU